CCUUCAUCCUUACAUUCUUCAUCUUCAUCCCAACCACGAAACGAGUUCCUCUGAUUAAAAACAAAACAAAGAAAAUAAGCUCACUUUCUUGUGGAAUUUAAGGUAUGAAGGAUUCUCGAUUAGCGUCGACGAUGAAUCUUUGGACGGAUGAAUACGCAUCGGUCACGGAAGCUUUUAUGAGCUCCGAUCUUUCUGCUUUAUGGCCACCGCCGCCUCAAUCCUCUGCAUCCACUUCCACACCACCUGUUAUUACUUCUUCUUCUUCUGCUAGCGCCCCAACCCAAUCUCAGCCCCCCGUUUCUCUUUUCAAUCAGGAAACUCUCCAGCAGCGUCUCCAUGCUCUCAUCGAAGGCGCCCGCGAGUGUUGGACUUACGCCAUUUUUUGGCAGUCCUCCUACGAUUACUCCGGCUCCUCGGUACUGGGUUGGGGCGACGGGUAUUACAAAGGCGAAGAAGAUAAAGGGAAAGGGAAGUUGAAAACUUCAUCUGCGGCUGUGGAACAAGAGCACCGUAAAAAAGUGCUUAGAGAACUCAAUUCUUUGAUUUCCGGUUCCAUGGCUCCUAUGGACGAUGCCAUCGACGAAGAAGUCACCGAUACAGAGUGGUUCUUUUUGGUUUCCAUGACGCAGUCUUUCGUCAACGGCUGCGGGCUUCCGGGUCAGGCUCUUUUCAAUUCAACUCCAGUUUGGGUUGUUGGAUCGGACCGGCUAGCCGGUUCGACGUGCGAACGAGCGAGGCAAGGGCAGAUCUUCGGUUUACAAACGAUGGUUUGUAUACCGUCGGAAAAUGGGGUGGUUGAAUUGGGUUCAACGGAACUCAUCACGCAAAGCUCCGGUAUGAUGAAUAAGGUUCGGGUUUUGUUUAACUUCAAUAAUGGAAUUGAUGCUGCUUAUUUGUCUCUGUGUAAUAAUAUUGCUAAUGAAGGCGAAAAUGAUCCGUCUUCUCUUUGGAUUAGUGAUCCAAAUUCUGUGGUCGAACAUAAGGACAACAAUAAUCCUAGCAAACAGAAUCAGCAGAUUCAAAAGUCGAUUCAGUUCGGUGAGAAUCCGAGUUCUAUUCAUGUCGGAAAUCAUCAUCAACAGCAGCAGAAUCACCAGCAGGGUCAGAGCUUCUCGGAUUAUGGUUUCGAUGGGAUUAACAGUUCAAGGAAUGUGAAUUCUUCUAAUUUGCUAAAACCAGAAUCCCAGGAGAUACUGAAUUUUGGUGAGAGUAAGAGGAGUGGGAAUGGGAAUUUGUUUUCAGGUGAUUCUUCUGGUGUAGUGUUGCCUUCUUCUGGUAUGGAGAAAUCAAGUGGAGGUGCUGCUGAUUCGGAUCACUCCGAUAUCGAAGCAUCUGUCGUUAAAGAACCUGAUUGUAGCAGAGCUUUGGAGCCUGAAAAGAAACCUCGGAAACGAGGGAGAAAGCCGGCAAACGGAAGAGAAGAGCCUCUGAAUCACGUCGAAGCUGAGCGACAAAGGAGAGAGAAGCUUAACCAGAGGUUCUACGCCUUGCGUGCCGUGGUUCCGAACGUAUCGAAGAUGGAUAAAGCAUCGCUCCUCGGUGAUGCUAUCUCAUACAUCAAAGAGCUUAGCACAAAGGUACAGAAUGCAGAUUCAGAGAAAUUUGAGCUGAAGAAACAAUUAGAAGCAACCAAGAAAGAAUUGGCAAAUAAAGAUUCAUCACAAUUGAUGUGCAAUAAAUUGGUAGAAUUGGAAAUCGAAGUGAAGAUCAUCGGGUUGGAUGCAAUGAUUCAAGUACAAUGCAAGAGAAAGAACCAUCCAGCAGCAAGGCUAAUGACUGCUUUAAAGGAGCUAGACCUCCAUGUUCAACAUGCCAGUGUGACUGUAGUGAACGAUUUAAUGAUCCAACAAGCCACCGUGAAGAUGGCAAACCGGUUUUACACUCCGGAGCAGCUCAGGCUAGCUCUAACAUCCAAACUCGGAGAUGAAAGAUAUCGAACAUUAACUCGAGCUCGGCCCGCAUAAGCAAAUCAGUUCAACCCGGAGAUGCAACAUACAGAGGAUAGAGCAGAGCUUGACCCAAAUAAGCAAUGGGGAUAAAGAUUGAUCGGAGAUAGAUACGACUGCGGUAUGAUUGUUAAAACGGCCGCAGAGCUCCGGGACAUUUUAAGGCUCCUGGUAGCACACAAGCUCUGUAAAAAUACUCUUGGAUUUUGUUCUUAGUUGUGUUUAAGCAUAUUUAAUAGUUUGAUAGAUUAUUAAGUUAACUGGCAAUAGCCUUUUUGUGUUGAAUCUUGUUAUGUAUGUAUGCAUGUAUAUAUAGCUUGUUAUAUAUUGGAACCAAUAUGAAGUUCUGGGUUUA